AUGGAUCUUGCUAGAUUAAAAGAGCUCCGUAAAGGGCUAAGAAUUUCCUUAACAAAACAUUUGACAAAAAUAGAGACCACAUUAGAAAUAGAAAUCACUUCGGAUGAUUAUUCGAAGGAAGAUAAGAUUGAUGAGCUUUUGAGCCUAAAAUCUCAGCUCUUAGAAAAAUUAAAAGCUGUAAUUACUCAUGAUGAAGAAAUACAAUCAAAAAUUGAAAUUGAGGAUAUGCUAGCAGAUAUAGAGACGAGUGAAGAAUAUAAAGAUAAAGUAAACGAAAGGAAAUCUAAAAGUGAAAGGCACUUGGACAUUUUAUGUGAUAGACCACGAGCGGGAGUGGGAAUUCAGAUGAAUAGGAGGAUUGAACAGGUAACUGUUGAUGCGGAGGAAAAUGUUCAAACGGCGGCUGCGGCACUUAAUAAUGUGUCGUUCAGAAGUGAAACCAGAAACGUAGUUAAACUUCUGAAAUUAAAUAUCCGAACAUUUUAUGGAGAUUGUAGUUAUUUCCUAGAUUUUUGGAAUUCUUUUGAAGUCGCGGUUCAUAAUAACGACGCAUUGUCAAAGGUGGAAAAAUUUACGUAUCUUAAAUCGUAUUUGGGAGGUGUUGCGCGUAGUGCGGUAUCAGGUUUUUCUCUGACAGAUCAAAACUACGAUGAAUCAAUAAACUUGUUAAAGGAACGGUUUGGGCGCUCAGACAUAAUAAUGUCAUCUCAUAUGCAUAAGCUUUUGCUUGUAGAUUCAGUUAAAUCAUGUGCUAAUGUAAUACGGUUGCGAAAAAUGUAUGACGCAAUAGAAGUGCAAAUAAGAUCACUAAAAUCGUUAGGCGUUGCUACAGGAACGUACGGGAAUUUAUUAUGUCCAGUAAUUCUGCAGAAAUUGCCAGAAGAAUUAAAUUUAAGUUACAAUAGGAAUCGCAAAACAAACGAAUUAUUUGACAUUACGGAUUUAGUGGAAUUUAUAAGAAUGGAAGUAGAAUGUAGGGAAACUGCGCUAAUAUUAGCUAAUCCAAAAAAUGCCAAUAUGAAGGAAUAUCCAUCACAGAACAAAAUUAACGACACAGACUCUCCGAAUAAGACAUUUUAUUCGAAUUCAAAACGAAAUGAAUAUUCUACCCAUAAAUCUACUGCUGAAGUUUUAGCUACUCAUGUUAAUGACAAUCAGCCUUGGCCUCGGAAAUUCGAACAUGAUACCAGGGGUAGUUUCAAUCAGAGACGGAACUUUAAUUCAUCAUCGUUUAAUGGGUACUUGUGUAGUCAGAAAUGUAUAUUCUGCCUUCCAAAUCAUAUGAAUCAUGAUUGCGCAUUGGGUGUUAGUGAGAAGAAAAAGGCAUUAAUGACUAAGGGUCCAGAGGCGUAG